AUGGCCAAAUCCUUCCCAGUACUCUGCUCACUUCUGUUCUUUAUCCUGAUACAUUUGACGUUACCUUCGGUUUCAGGCCCUCCACACUGGUGGCCACCACAUGGAAAUAUUAAGGUGAAAUGUCCAGCCUACGAAAGUAGGCUGAGUUGGUUCAAUGGAACAGUGAACCCCUGCUCUGGUAUAUAUCAACCCAUCUGUGGCAACAAUUUGGUAACCUAUGAAAACCCCUGCAUCUUGUGUGUUGAGAGCAUGAAAUCUCAGGGAAAAAUUAGAUUUCUGAAUGAUGGAAAAUGCUGAGUGGAUUCAGACAUGAAAGAAGUACCUUAUUUUAUCUUUCCAUUGAGAAAAUCCUUCUCUUGCAACUCACCCCUCCUUGGAUAUGUUCUUAGUGACAGAGAGCUACCCCUAGUGAGCUGGUAGACCUCUCCCCUCACCGAUUCGCUGCCUUCCAUAUUCUCCCUAAAAAAUAAACUUUUCUGCAAGUCUCAUUUAACAUGGGUCUCAGGUCUGUGUCUCAAGCCUCAGAAGUAGAACAAAAUGAACAUUUGAGCCAAAGGUCAGAGACAAACACAGGGCUUAAUCAGGUCUCUGAUACUGUAAACUGUGGAAUAAUCUAUCAAUAUGUAAAGGCUCCUGGUU